ACGAACUAGCUAUUGCCAUCCACCAGGUACACUCCAAGUUUGAAAAGUUACAUAUCGUCGUUUUAUUUUGUUGGUUACUUAUUCUCUCAGAAGAGAAGACAAUGGCAGUGAGGGGCAAGCUGGAGGUGGAGGUGGAUCUCAAAUCAUCGGCCGAUCAGUUCUACGGCUUUUUCAGGAGCACCCCGCACCACCUUCCUAAUGCUUGCACUGAUGUGCACGCUGGGGAGAUUCAUGAAGGCGAAUGGCACUCUGAGGGCUCCAUUAGGAAGUGGACUUUCUCAGUGGAAGGGAAAAAAGAGACAUUCAAGGAGAAGAUACAAUUCGACGACCAGAACAAAAUCGUAACCCACGUCGGCAUCGAAGGCGAGCUGUUCAACUUUUACAAGAGCUACAAGGCCAUCUUGCAGGCCGUCCAUAAGGAUGGAGGACCCGACGUCGUCAAGGUGAUCAUCGAGUACGAGAAGCUGAACGAGAGCAUGCCCCACCCGGUCAACUAUCUCGAUGUCACGGUUAACAUGACUAAAGACAUUGAUGCUCACCUCGUCAAGGCUUAAGCCCUGCGAAAGAAGAGGAGAAGGAACUAUGACGUCUGCUUGUGUUUCGAUUAUCCAAAUAAAUAAGCUUAAGUAAAUAGGGAGUGAUCGGCACUACAACUUAGUGCUGAACUCUCUGAUAUAUUUUCGUGCCCCUCUCCAUCUCGAAUUUACUUUCUCUUUUGUUUGUGAUUAUUGAUUACUUUGAUUAAAGGUUUGCCGA